GAGAUGCAGACGACGGUGUCGAUACUCGAUGGCGCAACUCGGAGCUAAGUUUUCAUAUUUUAACUAAAACUGUUAUUGUUUAUUAUUGCAAACUACAGCUAACUUAAGUGGAUGUUAAGCUGCACCCCCAGCUCCUCCUAGAAAUUAUGAGCGAGAAAUGAAGUCGGAGAUGACUUGGAAUUGAAGAUGAUGAUUUGGAAUUUCGAGUUGAUUCUCGAUGCAGUCUGUGUUGAACGGAAUUCUGCAUCUCGAUCACCCCAGUGAGUUGGGCUGUGCGUCGAUUUAUACAUUCGGGUUGCCAUGGCAACAGGUGAUUGACAGCUGUUUAUUGGCUGCCUGGGACAAAACCAGGAUGACAUCACAUUUCCUGUUUGGGGUUACUGGCUGAUUCCCUUUCUCUCUCUCUUGGCUGCUUAGCCGGACGGACGUACGGCGAUCCCUCAGCUAGCGUAUGGCCCUGCAGUGCAGCAGUACCGGUAGUGUACCCAUAUGACUGUACAGAACCGAUAGUCCGCCUGCGCUGCUGCUAGUUUUAAGCUAGUACGCUUAGGAUCUAGACACGUGUGUGAUUCCCUUUGCGAAUGGAGACCCGGUCGUUUUGAGGACACUGUCUUUGCUUCGAGAGGAUAUAAAAAUGGAUGUAGGAGACCAGGUUUCACAAACCGUCCACCUCAUCAGUCAGUGAUGGUGAGCACAUCGUCUCCAAAGCAUGGCAUCGGGGUGGGGCCAGGUUACGACCGCGACCCCGAAUACCGGCCCGACUUCAAGGGGAAGCUCCUCCACCAGGCUGCCAUCUAUUCCAACGCGAGUCUCCUGGCGGACCUGCUGCGCGGCUCUCAGAGGAAGUACAUCAACGAAGCGGACUCGUACGGCCGGACGGCGCUCCACGCGGUGUGCGCGGUGGAGGUGGUGGAGAAGGAGGAGAGCGUGGAGUGCGUGCAGAUCCUGCUGGAGUCGGCGGCGGAUCCCAACGUCCAGGCUAAGGAGAUCUACAGUAGAUAUACACCAUUGCACAUUGCAGCUAAAGAUGGCAAACUUCAGAUGGUGCGUCUCUUGGUAGAAUACGGUGCAGACCUCGAUGCCAGAGAUGUCAAGAGAUUGACUGCAGUAGAACUCGCUCGCAUUAACUUUCGUCAAGACGUUGUCAAGUACCUCAGGAACAAACAUGCUGAACGAGAGCAACUCCAGGCGGAGCUUGAGCUGGACCUACUGGAGGCAUGUUCAGACAUACGCAAGUUAGAAUUUUUGCUUAAGAAGCUGGGUUUCAGUGCAAUCAACAAAAACUACAAGGAAACUCCUCUCUACAAGGCAGCGCAAGGAGGGCACCUGGACGUCGUCAAGUUCUUGUUGCACUGCGGAGCGGAUGGACGACCCAAUCAGGAGAGUAAGAUAACCGCCCUCUACGCCGCUUGCCAAUAUGGCUACCUGGAAGUGGCAGAAACUCUGCUUAAGAGGUUUCCAGGUAUGGCUAGUGAGCAGACACAGGACAUGGAGCUCCCGCUGCAUGCCGCUGCCAAAGAAGGCUACCCCGCCCUCGUCAAACUUCUCCUGGAGUUCGACUAUAAGACGGCUGUCGAAGAAUCGAGCAUCUGCGAGUCCGACCUUGGAACCUCCGGCAUCACCUUCAAGUCCUACAAGGGCAACCUGCCCUUCUAUAUCAACCAGAGAAACAUCAACGGGCAGACCGCUCUCUACCUAGCCUGCAUGGCAGGUCACCCAGAAGUGGUCCGAAUUCUCCUGGAGUACCAACCUUCUGGAACAGCGAGACAUUCUUACGCAACGCUCAAAAAGAAGUCCUAUGUGGAUGUUGAUUGCUACACGGUGCUUGGGCAGACGCCGUUGCACAGUGCUGUCAUGAAGGGCGAUACUGAGAUUGUUGCACUUCUGCUCAGGCAUGGUGCUGAUGUCAACCUUCCCAUCAAGUCCAUACAGUGCCUCUUUGAUUCAGGGAAGGAGAAGGAUUCGGGAAAGGUGACAGAGAAGAUGUUCUUUGCGGAAGAGGAUUCCUCCCUGCUCUAUGAAGCGUGCAGUGCCAACGAUUACAACAUUGACAUCAUCAAUAUGCUUCUGAGGCAAGGUGCGCGUGAUGUUGAUGAUAAGGCCUUGAUGGCCGCUACAUUGGCAGUUCACAACGAUGUCAAGACUAGUAUUCUGGCACACACUGGUGUGCAUCCAGAUCCAGACUUUGUGAUUGGGGACAAACCGCUCAGCAAGUUCAAAAACUACUUUUUGGAAUGCUCGCGGACUAGUAGCGUGGAUUUGGAUGAAUCUACGAUCAAGUUUGGGAAGGGAUCGCGGGAAACUGCAUCAAUGCAGAGAUCCCGUUUUGGGAGGCAGGACUCAAAUCCAGGUGAAAGACGCAAGGGUGGAAUCUUAGAUCGCAGGAAAACAGUUGCUAGUAUCAAGCGAUCUGUGAGCACGCAUGGAACGUUCGAUACUGCCGUCACCAUUGACUGGCAUGAUCAUAACUUAACAGACAUUAGUGUAGAUUGGUUGGUGGAGGCUGGUUUUCGGCAUAACCCAGCUCUGAGACAUUACCCCGUUCCUGAAUCAGGGAUUCAUGAUGUAGUCGCAACCAUCACACGCAUUGACAUUUCUGAUAACAGCCUUAGUCGGAUUCCUCUGGUUGUAUUCCAGCUGCCAUCCUUGCAGCACCUUAAUGCCAGUAGGAACAAAAUCAGUAGGCUCCCUGAUGGUGCCGCAGUGGGAGAACAAUGCUCAAGGAAGAGCACCUUUUCAGAAGGAUCUGAUGUAUUCGCUCUGGAUCAGUGGAACGCUCCACUGCUCAAGCAUAUUCACCUAGAGCACAAUAGAAUAAGUACCUUGCCACCGGACAUCUUCUCAUUACCUUGUCUGGAAAACCUUUACCUUCAAAACAAUCGGCUCACGCACAUGCCUUUUGAGAUGUGGAUGGCACCUAAGCUGAAAAUGCUCAAUCUUAGUCGGAACAGGAUAGAAGAAUUACCAAGUUACCAGAUGGACUCUGCUGGUGGUGUCACUAUGAGCUGCCACUUGGAGACUCCAGGAAGUGCUGAUGAAAAUCACAUAGGAUGCAACCAGAAAACAAGUCAGAUGUCUCUCCCCAUGGUGCUCAUGGCCGAUUCAAAGAAAGAAUCGUCAGCAGUCAAAGGUGGGAAAUCCCGUAGUAGCCCUACGCUUGACGAGGCCGGCUUGGAGAGUCAAUCGACCCCCUCUAGGGGGAUGAAACGUCAGAUUUCCUCAGGGGCAAUGUCGGCUCCAGACUCUGAGGGAGUGGAGUCGGGGUCGCACACUCCCCCACGGCGGUAUUCCUUUGUCAACAUGAAGCGACAUCGCUUGUGUAGCAUGGGAUCGUAUGAUGUCACGCACGAAGAAGAAGAAAAUGGGAACAUCGAUGAACUGAGCUCCUUAGAAAUUCUUGAUCUGUCACAUAACAAACUUUCCCAGAUACCCUCAGGUUUACCUUGCCUGACUCCAAAGCUUACCAAACUCAUCCUUUCUCACAAUGAAAUCCUUGAACUCUGCUCUAUCAGCAAACUGCCAGCUGGUCUGAUGGAUCUAGAAUUAGCCCAUAAUAGAGUCAAGCACAUCUCGGUGAUUGCACCAAGGACCUCUCUUCGAGGUAAGAACACUUCAUCACGGCUCAUACGGGCAGCAUCUACCGUGGAGAAUCCAACAAAUACCACAGACUCGUGCUACAGUCCGAAGACCUCCUGCUACUUGGUCACCUCGCCGUUGUCGUCAUCCUCGUCAUCAAGGCGGAGGAGCCGUGAGUCCGUCAUGGUGCCGCCGACUCUUUCUGUAUCCACCAACAGCCUGGUGCAAGUUUGCAAGCAUCGGAGGCAUCGGACGUUGGCCAACCUGAGGACUCUGGACCUGUCCAACAACUGCUUGGAGAAGCUGGAGAUCAUCUCCAGGAUGCUUGUGGAUGCACCCCAUGACAUUGGUGAAGACGAGGAUGAGCCCAUGGUGGUCACCAUACACGGGCAGCAGGAUGAAGAUCCAAAUAUUCCAGCAGAUGCUUGGAAGCUGUACACCAAUACUGCAUGUACGGACACAGAGGGCACCCUCCUCUUUCCAAGUCUUAACGUCUUGAUGCUCUCAAAUAACUUGCUGAGUGAGAUCCCAGCCGAUGUACAGUACUUGACCAAACUUAGCAGUUUCAAGGUGGAUGGUAACGUGAACAUCACUACCCUACCACCUGAGAUGGGAAGACUCAAAUGCCUCUACGACUUCAACGCAGACGGUUGCCAACUUGUGGAGCCUCUCUCUUCCAUGAUCAAGACAUCGCUCGUCAAAGACGUGCUGGGGUACCUACGCUCCAUUCUCGAUGAUGCCAAGCCAUACACCCGUAUGAAACUGAUGUUUGUGGGGAAAGCUGGCAUCGGAAAGACAACUCUGUUGAAUGAACUGCGCAGGGACGGAGUGGGUGCUUAUAUCGCACAGUCACUCGGGACUUUUGGGGAGAGACAAGGUAAUAGCCACAUUGGUGGUAAAACCCUGAAGGGGACACACCUGUCUACGGUAGGAGUGGACGUCUGCGAGUGGACUUACAACAAGAAGAAAGGCAAACACGGCAAGGUCACGUUCAGCACAUGGGACUUCGGAGGACAGCAAGAGUUCUACGCAACACAUCAGUAUUUCCUGACGAAGCGAUCCCUCUACCUCGUGGUCUGCAAGAUCACAGAUGGGUCAAAGGUCAUCAACGAACUCCAGCAAUGGCUGGUUAACAUACAGGCGAGGGCUCCCAACUCUCCUGUCAUCAUCGUGGGCACUCACUACGACGUCAUCCUACGAGACAAGAAGUACUCCAAGGAGUACUGGCCCGAGCUGAAACGGACCAUCUUCGAUCGGUUUAUCAACAUUGCCCAUCCCCAGGAUGCGGGGCUCCCCCACGUGAUAGCGUGCGUAGAGGUGAGCUGUGCUGCCAGCUCCAAGUCCUACAAUGUCAACAUGCUUCGGGAUUUGCUGUAUGACACAGCCUAUAGUCUGACUGAGGGUCGAGAGAGGGAGCCUUUGUUGAUGCAGAGGGUGCCGACAUCCUAUCUUGCACUUGAGAAGGCUGUGAUGCAGAUCUCUGCUGACAUGAGGGCUGCUAAGAGAGAACCCGUUCUGCACAGUACUGAAUAUAAGUCUGAGGUGAUGAGGAUGAUGGUUGAACAGUCUCAGAUCUCAUUCCACGAUAAGGAAGAACUUCUCCAAGCAACUAGGUUCCUUCAUAACAACGGUAUUCUUCUUCACUACGAGGACUCAAUGCUCAACGACUAUUUCUUCCUGGACCCGCAGUGGUUGUGUGACACGCUGGCCAAGGUGGUGACCAUUCCAGAGAUUAACCCGGAUGUUAAGAAAGGUGUGAUGCUCGUCAGAGACCUGCAUCGGAAGUUUGAGGAUUCCAGCGUGAAGGAAUUCAUAAUCAGCCUUCUCAACAAGUUUGAGGUCGCUGUGACCUAUGACCCCAAGCACCUCUUGAUUCCGUCUCGUUUACCCCAGGAGGGCGUGGAUACCACCAUUAUACCGGUUUUCAGGAGCAGGAGUGACUCCACGAGGGUUUACAGGAAGACGGGAGCAAGAAGUCCAUCACCAAUCCAGUCUUCUCCUCCAGAGAGAUGGAACAGAAAAGCAGUACGUGGUCACAGUCCGUCCCCAUCCAGGAUUUAUUGCCGUGAUGCAUCACCGACGGAUGUGACAUCCGCUGGAGAGACAUCCCCUGAGACCCUCGAACCACCUGAGAGGAGCCAGGCCUCAAUGUCCAUACCAGUCCCGAUCAGAAGGAACCUCCAGGGCAAGGCCAGAAUGGCAAACUGCGCUUCGUCACCGCCUUGCGAGAUGUACAGUGAAGCGUCAACGUCCACCUUGGGAUUGGACACAAGUGAUACGCCUACCUUUGAACUGUUGCGGAAGUCGGUCACCAUCUCCAAGAGCCCAAGCUCCGGGGAUGUCAAUACAGGAACUGUCAAAGGAAAGCUGGACAGGGCAGACAUUGCGUUGGUGUCAAAUCAGGCAAAGGAUGACAAGGUGCCCAGCCCAUUUGAUGGGUAUAAGUUCACUCCUGUGGAGAACCUGAAAACUGCUAUCAGAAGACUCUAUAUCCUCCAGUACAUUCCCAGUGGCUUUUGGUCACACCUGAUCAGCAGACUUUUAUCCGACCAGAUGAUCCCUGGUCUUAUCAACUCUAUGUAUCUGCUCUCAGACGAUGUCCGCAGGUUCUUUGAAGAUACCCCUGUAUCAGAAUUUACCAAUGAGUUCCAGUGGGUGUGUUGGCAGUCUGGGAUCGAACUGAAAUUCAUGUCAGUGACUGUGUUCCACGUGAAGGCUGUUGUCAGGGAGAAGCUGUUGAGUUCUGUUUUUGAGCGGGAGAGGAGACCAGAGUCCGUCCACGUUCUGAGCCUGACAGAUGACCCUGACAACUUCCCGAGGAAUGUGUCCCUCUCCCGGAGUGGUCAGUUGGAGAUCCUUAUUCCUAACCAAAAUCUAGAAGUAACACAUAAGGUGCAGCCGAGAGACAGCAAUGGAAAGAAAACUCUUGAUUCAGUGAAAGUGCUUACGUCAUUGGAGACCGUUUCCCGCCUCCUGUCAACCAUCAUUGACCUGAUCGACACCUUGAUAGAGAACUUUUAUCCCAACCUGUGUGAACCGUUGGGGACAACGUUUGAAGGAGAACUCUUCAUCACGAGGGUAGUUCCUUGCCACCGGUGUUGGCGAGACUACAACAAGCCAAGUUGGGACGAGGUGGACGUCUCUGAAUGGGAAUUCAUCCAUGCUCUUGAUGCAGAUUUGCACCUGAAUGCUGAACACGAGUCUCCGCUCCUGUGGUCGUCCAUCAGCUCUGCAGAUGCCCAGAUGAUCAGCACCAAUACAGGUGAGCGAAGCAAGCUUUGCUGCGGACUCUCCUGCAGCUACCCAAGACUCCAUGAUGACAUCCUGACAGGUGUCAACCUCAGGCACCUCAACCCAAGGCGAAAAGCUGCCCAUGCACUCUAUCGAAAGGAUCGCAUAGCGGCAGCGGCCAACAUCCGUCUCUCGACCGAUGGCGACAUGACUCUACAGACGGAAAUAGACGCUGACAGAGAUAAUCCCCUGCCGCUGGAAACCUGCAGCGAGCUUGGCAUUGAACCAGAUGUCAGUAACGACAUGAUCGUCAUGGACACUGUCCUUAAUAGCACCAUGUUGAGCUCCAUCCAUAAAAGUGGUGAUGUGCCGCAUGAUAUCUGCGUGUAUGGGUUCCUUUUCGAGGAGCUUGUCCUGCAAUCUAUGAGGAAUGAGUUUGUGGAGUGUCCCAAUCACGGGAACAUAGCCAUCUCGGUCAUUGCACCAGAUGUUAUGUAUGCAGAUCUUGGACCAUCCCUCCUGACCGAGAAGUCGGCGCUGGACAUCCAGCGUCUGUUGGGCAGUGGGACGUUCGGCCUGGUCUUCCAGGGGGUGAUGGCCCGUGCCUCAGAGCACCGACGUCCCAUCGCAGUCAAGAUGCUCCAGCCCUACCCGCCGGGGCAAGGCGCCGGGAACACCGACAGGCGGCGCUACGACAAUGACAACACCAAGUGGCACCGGGAUCCGUUGAGGUUCUCCUGUGAGGCUUACAGAACGGCUCGCAAGGAACUAUCCAUCAUCAAUAACCUUGACCAUCCACACAUAGUUCCUUUCUUGGGAUUCUGUAGGCAUCCGAUGUGUCUGAUCCUGGAGCUGGCACCUCAAGGUGCCCUUGACACCAAGAUGGAGAACUUCAAGCGUGUUGGAGCCAGGCUGACGCCUCACACCUUGCAAGAAUUAGUCGUACAGGUUUCCUCGGCCGUCGCUUAUCUCCACAGCAAAGACAUCAUCUACCGUGACCUCAAGGCGGAGAAUGUCCUUGUGUGGAAGUUCCCGGACCCGUACAGUCCGAACCCCGCGGAUCCCAUCAAGAUCAAACUGGCUGACUACGGCAUCAGCGUGACCGCUCUGCCUUCAGGAACAAAGGGGUAUGGUGGGACACCGGGAUACAUGGCCCCGGAGAUUGUGCAGUAUGACGGCAAGGAGACCUACAAUGAGAAGGUUGAUUGCUUCUCCUUUGGAAUGUUCAUGUAUGAGCUGAUGUCUCUCCAGAGACCCUUUGAGUGUCUGGUCGGGAAGGACGUAGGUCGAUUGUCAGAGGUUAUCAAGCAACUCAUCAAGGAUGGCCAGAGGCCUGUACUGUCAAGAAAGGAGAAGUCCUACCCAACCUACAUGCUGGACCUGCUGACAUGGUGCUGGGCCCAAGACUCCAGGGACCGCCCGUCCAUGGAACAGAUCAAGGACAUCUCAAAGACAGCAGAGUUUGCCAACCUCCUGGAAGUGCUCUCUCUGGAGGAGAAGCCAGUCGUAUCCUGCGCCGUUGCCACCACGGCGGGAUGUGGGUCAGAAGGAGAUGGUUCAGACACCUCGUCCAGUCUGCCGGUCAUCUGGAUGACCCAGACCAUGGAAGAGGAUCAGUCGUCAUCGGUGGUCAUCCUCAACAUUGACCGCACCCCUAGCGAUGACACCACCUGCUUCAACCUGACUGUUUCCGGAGGCAGCGUCCGCUGUGUGUGUUCUGUGGCCGAUACAAUGUGGCUUGGUCUGAAUUCAGGCUCUAUUGUUGUUUAUGAGAACGGAAGGUUCUCCUACCCCAACGAGAUAGCACGCCUCUCUCUUCCACAGUACAAGAGCAAGCCGCGCUCCCCGUGCUGCAUGGUCCACAUACCCCCUCUCCAGCUGGUUGCCAUAGCAGCAGAUCACGAGGUCGCCUUCAGGCAAGAAGACGGGAACGGGGCGCCCUCUACGGACCCGGACGGCUUCCACUAUGUCGAUGUGCAUAGAGAGAUCAUAUCCAUGGCCAUCGUCCUGAAGAAGAAUGGAAGUAAAAGGUCCUACGAGCUAUGGUGCGGCCAGACCGAUGGGUACGUGACCAUCCUGAAUGCCGGCAACCUGACCACACAGCAGGUCGUCCUCUGCCAUCUUGACGAACCCCUCUCGUUGGCACCGGUCACUCAGAUGGUGACCUAUGACCUUGCCAUCCAGGAACAGAUGGGUCUCCAGCACGUCUGGUCGUACGUCCAGCCAGGCCCAGUAGUGUACAAGUGGAACACGGAAACGAGAACAAUAGAGGGCAGACUUGACUUUGUUGCAACGGUCUCAACUUGUAGAUCCAACCCACGACCAAGAGGCAGACAGAGUCAUCGACCAAUGAGUGCCUUCCGCUCCCAGGUGAACUCCAUGUGCCUAAGCAGUGAGUACUUAUACAUCGGGAUAUCCUGCGGCCAUCUCCUUGUCCUUGAUGCCUCAACCCUAGCCCCGGCCAUCCUGCUCUCCUGUCAUGAAGGUCCCGUCAAGUUCGUCAUUCCCGUAGCGCCCUUUCAUCAUCACCACAUGGUGCCCGAACUUCCCGAUUCAUCAUCUAUCAUCCCAGAUCACCAGUCAGAGGCAGCUGUAGCGCAUCGGUUCAGGUUCAGCCGCCCAACCUUGGUCACCCUCGGGAAGGGCUUCAACGAUCUGGUGGGGGGAUACGGGAACUCGCCGUCCCGCUUCACAGGCCAGGAGAGGCUGGGUUGGUACAUCCUUCUCUGGAACAUGGAGUACUUCAGUGAGGAUCGUCUGGAGGUUGGAACCGAUUUCCUGGAUGGCAUCGUGAGGAAGAAAUCAAGGAGUACAGAGGUAUGAUGACCUGGUCUAGCACUACGGGUUCUGCUGCUUCAGAAUGUGAGAACUUCCAAUAAUAGUUCCUUCAGGACCUUCUAGAAGUGAGAAAUUCCUGGAAGGGUCAUUAGGGAGAACUUCUUUUGGUGGCAAAAUCUGGCACCAUAGUGUUCUCCAUCCUAAUGAUCAGAUAAGAAGCAUUACUAUUAUCAAUCCUCAUGUGGAUAAAGAGGCUUACAGAGCUGUGACACCUCAUCAAUGAAUAUUCAGCCUUACCAGCCAUCCUCAACAAUGAGGUCUCUUAUACCCUCCUUGAGAUGGUGGAACAUAGUCUUUCAUAAUUAUUUUCUGUGUCGGCCAACCGCAGAAUCCCUUGGUCUAGAAGAAACACCCGAGUGAAAGGGUUCUUAAGGAAUAUAUAACAAUACCAGCUCUCCUCAAGGAAUGAGAUCUUUUACACCUUUCCUUAGGAGGAUCAACAUAGCAAUUGAUGAGGAUUACCUGUAUCAGGCAGCAGUUCUGCUUGGUCAAUAAGAACUGAGUGCAAAGGUGUGACAAUCUUGUCCAUUAGGUAUUCUUACCAGCUGUCCAGAAAAUAUGUUCAUAUACACCUGUAUAUACAUGUAGCAAGCAGAACAUUGUCUUUGAAAAGCAGCUCAAUUGCUUGGACAAGAAGAAGCGUGAAGUACAAAUGUGUUGCGACCUUCUUGAGGAAUAUGUAAUGUUGCCAGUAUUCCCCAAGGGAUAUGACCCUGUUCAUCCUCUUGUGGAGGAAAUUUGUUGUUGAUCUAAUAUGCAUUCAUUCAUGAUUUGGCCACUGUUUUAGGACCAAGAGUUGUAGUGUGUUCAUCAUGACUGUAAAAUUAUUCAGCAUUCCAUAAUUUAGGUUUGUUUGUAAAGCCAUAUGUAACUGUGACAACUGUAUAUCAGCCCUACCCCCAACACCCAAUAUGUGCAGCAAGAGUACAAGGAGGGAAGUGGUGAGGAUAGGAGAGGAUAGACGAGAGGAAGUAGGGAGGCGUUGAAUGAUCCAAUGGGGCAGACAAGUGUACAGAAAGAAAGAUGGACACACUCAAAAGAAUAAAGAUGAAUACCCCGACAACGCUACGUGUGUGUAAAAUGGGUCGGAUGUACAGUGCAUUUUGAUUAAACAAGAAGAAAGAUGAAAGACCAAACAAGGUACAAGAAAGAGUGAGAGAAAAAAGAAAUUAUGAUCACAAUAAUUAUUCUGCUUUUAUAUAGUGUUUAGUUCAUUUGUAGCACAAAAAUGUCUCUUGUUCUUUACAGGUAUAUUAUUGAGGUUUGAACGACCAAAGGAGAAAGAAAAAUAUAAAGGUUAUAGAAUAGUGUCAAAUGACAUACAGAGCUUGGGGAUGUUUCAUAUAGCUAUUUGUAAAGUAAUGCAUAACAUUCUGAUCGACUUGAUUAUGGCAAGCCAUGUGUGUGCAUCCAACACUUAAGCUUAAUUUGAAAAACAAUAUUCAUUUAGAGUAUAUUCGUUGCCUUGAUGUAAAUUGGAUAAUUUCAAAUCCAAUAAUAUUUUCCUCUUAAACAACAUGUUUACUGUAAUAUGUUUUAUACUUGUAGUAAUUAUGUUUUUGUUAAUGUUAACAAAUAACAAGAUCUAGAGGAGUUGUAUGAAAAUGAAUAAUGCAUGUCUUCAUCUGUUUAUGAUAUGAUAUAUCCGCUGUUGUCAAGGCCUUGAUCAAUGCUGCUCCCAGCCUAAUGGCUUCAGUGAUAAGUUAAAUACAUCCUCAACUUCUGGGAAAUGAACUUAUCCACAUUCAUCAUAUGUAUAAUAUCUCAUGAAAAGUCUUUUGCGCUUCAUAUUUCCGUAAUGUACAUUGUAAAGUCAUGCAUAACUUAACAAACAGCUUAAUGAAACCAUCCCCGGGAUGAGAAAAAAAGGCUCAUUUCAGGCAACUAUCCCUGUCCAUCCGAAACCUCCAACCCAACCCCAAACCACUUAAGCUCCUUAUCAGCAAGACCCUGCAAUGAGAUACUAUUGAUAUGCUCUCAAGAUAAAAAGCCUUGAUAUACAGCUGCAGGAGUGCCGAAGUGGCCCAGUUUCUAUUCUUCCGGGAAAUGGGGAACUGAUUUUACAUUUUGAUUGCAGGCUGUCUGUUGUGUGUUAGGAACCUGGAGUAGACUUGUAUCGUUCUUUAUAAUAUGAGCAGGAUAAAAAAUGUCCUUUUGGCUGUGGUUGUUGACAUUCGAAUACCUUUCUUUCAUCGAACUAACACAGCAUAGUAGAAGCGUUAUCAUUUGCCAGAACACUGAUUUUAAGAGCACACAUUUGAUCAUUGUUUUAAUCAAUUUAACACCACUUUGUUCAUUCAAUUACACAACAUUCUCUUUGGAGAUGAUAUCUUUAGAUCUCGGUACUUUUACAAAGAUUAUGAGUUAUUUUAAGAGAGCUAGGAUUAUAUGUAUUUUUUGGUUAGUGCAUUGCUUCUCAGUGCAAUGGAAAUUUCUCCCAUAAUGCAUUCCAUUUGAGAAACUUAAAGGCACAUCUUUUGUGACAUGUUCAGUAAAUGUACAGUUUGAGGCCAAAAGUUUGCAUUCACCUAUGGAAUUCAAUGAAAUUUGUUCGCUUGCCAAACAUCGUAAAAUUUACUAUAUCUUCAGAAAUAUAAAUACUACCAUGACUAAUUUGGUAUCAAAUGAAAGAGUGUAUUAAGCUCUUACACAUAUUUGGGAUGCCAUUGAGAUCAAAGAAUAUUUCAGGUUGAAUUUU